UCACCAGCGACGACCGACUAACCACCCCGACAGCCACCUUCCCACCAACCCGACAUCUACACACACAGUCGCCAAAAUGGGUCGCGUUCGAACAAAGACCGUCAAGAAGUCCGCCAAGGUCAUCAUUGAGCGAUACUACCCCAAGUUGUCGCUGGACUUCGAGACCAACAAGAGGAUCUGCGAUGAGAUCGCCAUCAUUGCCUCCAAGCGUCUCAGGAACAAGAUUGCCGGAUACACAACACAUUUGAUGAAGCGUAUCCAGCGUGGUCCCGUCCGCGGUAUCUCCUUCAAGCUCCAAGAAGAGGAGCGUGAGCGCAAGGAUCAAUACGUCCCCGAGAUCUCUGCCCUCGACUUCACCCAGAACAGCGAGUCUGGUGCUCUCGACGUCGACCAGGAGACCAAGGACCUCCUCAAGAGCCUCGGCUUUGACUCCAUCCCCACAAACGUCAUUGCAGUCUCCCAGCAACAAGUUGUCGAGCGUCCCCGCCGCUUCAACGACCGCCCUGCCCGCACUUAGACGCGCAACUCGGUCUCUGUUCCCUUCUCGAUUCAUUCAAAACAUGGUGUCUGGGAAAGGGUUUCUGCCACGACUAUGGCAUGGUUUUAUGGCUAUAUACGGCGGCAUGAUGACUAGGAGUCAAUGAACAGGUUCCUCCCCCC